AUGUCGGCCGCCGUCGUCAAUGUCGAUGAGCCCGAAAAAAUGGAGCCGACGCUCCAGUCGAUCCUGGAUCAGCGGUCGCUGCGCUGGAUUUUUGUCGGCGGCAAGGGCGGUGUCGGCAAGACUACCACUUCGUGCAGUCUGGCCAUCCAACUCGCCAAGGUGCGCCGCUCCGUGCUGCUGCUGUCGACUGACCCGGCGCACAACCUCAGCGAUGCCUUCAGCCAAAAGUUCGGCAAGGAGGCCCGACUCGUCGAGGGCUUCGAUAACCUGUACGCCAUGGAGAUCGACCCCAAUGGUAGCAUGCAGGACCUGCUGGCGGGCCAGACGGGCGAUGGUGAUGCUGGAAUGGGUGGCGUGGGUGUGAUGCAGGACCUGGCUUAUGCGAUCCCUGGUAUCGACGAGGCCAUGUCCUUUGCCGAAGUUCUUAAGCAGGUCAACUCCCUCUCCUACGAGACUAUCGUCUUCGACACCGCGCCGACAGGACACACCCUGCGCUUCCUGCAGUUCCCAACCGUGCUGGAGAAGGCCCUGGCCAAGGUAUCACAACUGUCGGGCCAGUACGGCUCCCUCCUGAACGGCAUUUUGGGGGGCAGCGGUACGCUGCCUAACGGGCAGACGCUGAGCGAUGUGAUGGAGAAGCUGGAUUCGCUGCGGGUUACCAUCUCGGAGGUGAACGCGCAGUUCAAGGACGAGCGCCUGACCACGUUUGUGUGCGUAUGCAUUCCCGAGUUCCUGUCGCUGUACGAGACGGAGCGCAUGAUCCAGGAGCUGGCCAACUACGGCAUCGACACCCACUGCAUUGUUGUCAACCAGUUGCUGUUCCCUAAGCCGGGCUCCGACUGUGAACAGUGCACGGCCCGCCGGCGCAUGCAGAAGAAGUACCUGGAUCAGAUCGAGGAACUGUACGAUGAGGAGUUUAAUGUAGUCAAGAUGCCGCUCUUGGUGGAGGAAGUCCGUGGCAAGGAGAGGCUAGAGAAGUUCAGUGAGAUGCUCAUCAAGCCGUUUGUCCCGCCGGAGUAA